AUGUCUAAACGAAAGUUAACAAGCGUUUCCGUGAGAGAUAAACUUGCAGCGAUCGACCGAGUAAGGAAAGGUGAAACCAAGGCGAAGAUUGCACGUGACCUCGGCGUAGGUGAGUCCACUAUUCGCGGAUGGGUGAAAGACGAAACUAAGCUGAGAAAGUUCAUUUUCGAUGUGGACCAGGAAUCUGGACUUAAACGAAAACGAGCUAAACUGGCAUCCAAUGAAGACAUCGAUAAAGCUGUAUAUGUAUGGUUUAUUCAAGGAAGAUCUGCAGGAACGCCACUGUCUGGUCCUAUCAUACGGGAGAAGGCUCGCAUCCUGGCUAAACAAUUGCGAGGACAGGACUUCGACUUUGAGGCCAGCGCUGGGUGGUUCUGGCGUUGGCAAAAUAGACACGCUGUCCAUGAAAUUUCUGUACAAGGGGAGGCUAGAUCAGCGGAUAUUGAGGCUGCAAGAAACUUUCCAAGAAAAUUGAAAGAAAUUAUCGAAGCUGGUGGUUACUCAGAGGAACAAAUUUAUAAUGCUGACGAAGCAGGUUUAUUUUGGAAAAUGUUGCCAUCCAAGACGCAGGCAUCGGCAAGUAACUCACAGAACGUUGGACACAAACAAAAUAAACAGCGGAUUACUGUCAUGUUCACUGCUAAUAAGACCGGCAGUCACAAACUUAAACCCCUUGUGAUUGGAAAAAGUCUUCGACCACGCUGUUUUCAUCAUGUGAACACUGACAAUUUGCCGAUUGUGUAUAUGGCUUCUGGAAACGCGUGGAUGACAAGUUUUUGUUCAAGGACUGGUUUUUUAACCAUUUCGUCCCAAGUGUACGUCGCCACUUGUCAUCGCACGGACUUGAAUCGAAAGCAUUGCUGCUUUUAG